AUGGAGCCGCUGGAGACGAACAGCAGCUGCAGCAACGGGUCUCUGAUCACCCUCUCAUGCCUUUCUCACCGGGUCGUGUGCCAAGUGAUCAGUGAUGCUGACUCAACUGACUCUGUCCAGGACAAUAGGACUUCAGAUAACUUCUGGGUAACUCAACUGGAAAACAAUUAUGGAUUCUACAUUGGCCUGGGUUUGGCUGUCUUCUCCAGCUUCCUCAUUGGAAGCAGUGUCAUCCUCAAGAAGAAGGGGCUGCUACGGCUGGUGGAGAAAGGAGGCACCAGAGCAGGAGACGGAGGCCAUGGAUACCUAAAAGACUGGCUCUGGUGGGCUGGCUUGUUAACCAUGGGUGGAGGGGAAGCUGCCAACUUUGCUGCCUAUGCCUUUGCUCCUGCAACUAUUGUCACACCUCUGGGGGCUCUGAGCGUGCUCAUAAGUGCCAUCUUGUCUUCAUAUUUGCUUGGAGAGCGGCUCAACCUGCUGGGAAAGCUGGGCUGCAUGCUGAGCCUCGUGGGCAGCACUGUGAUGGUGAUACAUGCCCCAGAGGACGUGGAGGUCACCACUCUGGAUGAAAUGACUUCCAAGCUGAAAGAACCAGGUUUCCUGGCUUAUGGUGCGAUUCUCUUGGCUCUCUGCUUCCUCCUGAUCUUCUACCUCGCGCCCCGUUACGGCCAGAGCAACAUCCUCGUCUACCUCACCAUCUGCUCCGUUAUUGGUGCCUUCUCUGUGUCCUCAGUCAAAGGCCUGGGAAUUGCCAUCAAGGGCUUCUUUGCUGGCCAACCUGUGCUGCAGCACCCACUGACAUGGAUCCUGGUCGUCACGCUGGUGGCAUCCAUCACUACACAAAUUAACUACCUCAAUAAGUCUCUAGACAUUUUCAACACCUCUUUAGUGUUUCCCAUCUACUAUGUGCUGUUCACCACCAUCGUCAUCACAACUUCCAUCAUCCUCUUUAAGGAGUGGGUCACCAUGACUGUAAUUGACAUCAUUGGGACUGUGUGUGGCUUCCUAACCAUCAUUUUGGGAGUGUUUUUACUCCACGCCUUCAAAGACAUGGAUGUCAGUUUAGGGAAUCUACCACAAGUCUUCCAGAAUGAAGAUCAAGCACCAGUCACCAGAGAUGACAAGAACAUCCUGAUAGAGGUGGACAACUCCAGCAUCGCCCCAGAGGAUAAACCCAAAGUAUUCUUGCUCUACACCUAA